AUGAUUCCAUUUGUAAGGACAGAAGCAGGCAGGUCCCAUCUCGCCACCACAGCACCUGCCCCACAUUCACUUCCCCAUACCCAUUCUCACAUGUACCCUUCUCUUAUCCGCCAUCCCUCUGUUGCUCUCCUUCUCUUUCCUGCCACAGAGCCACUCCUGCUGGAAGCAGAAACUGCUACACCCGGUGCUACCAGUGCAACCAGUGCUAGCAAACCUACCACUGCCAGCGUUGCACAAUCCGCGAACGCUUCCCAGAACCUUCCCGGACAGCCACUUCCCACACCACCCGCACUUCCAGCUUCCCUAGUUUCAGAAGAUUCUUCAAUAGGCACUUCUUCCUCUGCUGAACUCCUUGCUGGUGACUAUAUUGAAGGGGAAAGCACACCUGGAGCGGACAGCAGCGUGGGGGAUCCGAGGGGGUUUCUGGCCGCUCCACAGCUGGCCGCUUUCUUUGCAACCUCCUCCAUCGCUGCUGCAGGGAUUCCUAGUACCUCUGUGACAGGACUUCCCAAUGUUAGAGGGGAUUUGGCUGUCACAGGGGUAUCUUCUGCUCCUAUUUCCCGGGCUUCAGGUGGAGAUGGGGCAGGAGAGGGAGCCUUAGGAGGGGUGCUCUUAUCGGGUAAAGAAGGAAGAGGAGCAGCAAGGGAGGUGCUUCUGCCUAACCCCCCUGGGGGGAUGAUGCUUCUCAGUGACUUGUUGCCUGCUAGCAGUGCCACGUCCCACAGCAACUCGCUCGAUUUGCAAGGCACUGCCUCUGUUGAAGGUGCGAAUUCGGGAGUGGAAGAGGCGAGAGAAUCUCGAGCAUUUGUCACGCGUGCAGCCACGACCACUGCAGAGCGGUGCCUUGAGCUACUGCAGCAGCCGCUCACUCCCUUGGCAAUGUCGGAGUUCCAGUUUCAACCGCAGCUCUCCAAGGCCCUCGACUUCUCACUUUCGGAUUCCUUGCCACUUCCUUUCGGGGCAUCUCCUGCCGCCGCCUCUACCUGUUACCCCGCAGUCGCCCCUCCCUCCUACCCUCCCGUCGCCAUUCCCUCCCAUCCCGCCGCCACCUCUCCCUCCCAUCCCGCCACCUCUCACCCUGCCGUCGCCUCUCACUCCCACCUCCCUGUCGCCUCUCCCUCACACCCCGCCAUCGCCACUCCCUCCCCACCCCACCGUCGCCACUCCCUCCCAUCCCGCCGUCGCCUCCCUCCAUCCCGCCGUCGCCUCCCUCCAUCCCGCCGUCGCCUCCCUCCAUCCCGCCGUCGCCUCCCUCCAUCCCGCCGCCGCCUCCCUCCAUCCCGCCGUCGCCUCCCUCCAUCCCGCCGUCGCCUCUCCUUCCUCCGUCGCCUCCGGCGACAGGUGCACGAGCGCAACCGCGAGUUGGUGCGCGAGCGCGGGUUGGUGCGCGAGCGUGGGUUGGUGCGCCCGCGGGGAUUGGUGUGCCAGCGCGGGUUGUAG